AAAUGUGGUGCGGAGUUUGGUAACUGAGAAAGAGGCUCGCAUUCGGGAGGGUAUGCGAAUGAUGGCCUUGACGGACUCGGCACUGUAUGCGAGCUGGGUGUUCCAUUUUGCUACGACCUUUACCAUCAUCGCGGCCCUGAUCGUGCUGGUGGGGGGCAAACUUUUUCAGCAUUCGGACAAGGGAUUGGUGUUUGCGUUCUUUCUGCUUUUCUUCUUUGCAACGAUGGCGUUCGCGUUUUGGAUGUCGACAUUUUUCAGCAAGAGCAAGACGGCGGCGAGCUUGGGCAUCAUGCCUUACUUCGCUGGUUAUUUUCUGACGAUGGCCUUGAAGCCUGCCUCGGGCCGCAGCGUGAAGCUACUGGCGUCCUUGCACCCUGCAGCGGCGUUUGCACUGGGUAUUAGUGCUUUCACUGAGUAUGAGGACGCACAGCAAGGCGUGACGCUGUUCACAUUUGCAACCUCCGCGAACGGGAACUUUGCUUUCUCGGAUGCGUUAGGCAUGCUACUGGUGGACGUCUUUGUGUACGCUUUUCUGUUUUGGUAUUUUGAGAAGGUUUGGCCGAACGAGUUUGGAACGCGUUUGCCACCGUAUUUUUUGUGUAUGCCAUCAUACUGGAACUCUUGCCUUGGUAUUGGUAGAGGCGAGGUAAGGCCCUUACACGAGGGAAUAAGCAACUCUUCCGGAGAGCUAAAGCAAGAAUCGGGGCCCGACGUGGAGCGUGUGCCCGACACCUUGGCGCAGCAAAUCAAAGAAGGGAAGUGCAUCUGUAUACGGGACAUGUGCAAGACGUUCUCGACCAACACGGGGCCCAAGCAUGCGGUGGACCACCUGAACCUGACCAUGUACUCCGGGCAGAUCACGGCUUUGUUGGGUCACAAUGGCGCAGGCAAGUCAACAACGAUUGGUAUUUUGACGGGGCUGACGGCUCCGACAUCAGGCGUGGCGAUCAUCAACGGCAUGGACGUGUCGCAAGACAUGCAAAGCAUCCGGCACAGCUUAGGAGUGUGUCCGCAGCACGACGUGUUGUUUGCGGACCUGACGGUGGAGGAGCAUCUGACGCUUUUUGCGAAUUUCAAGGGCAUGCCACGAUCGGAUGUUCAAGCUGCAGUGACUAGCAUGAUUGCGGAGGUCGGCUUGACAGAGAAGCGCAAGGUAGCGAGCAAGAACUUAUCGGGAGGCAUGAAGCGAAAGUUGAGUCUCGGCAUAGCUUUUAUAGGAGGCAGCAAAGUGGUGAUCUUGGACGAGCCCACGUCAGGCAUCGAUGCGUAUUCUCGGCGCUUUGUCUGGAAUGUAAUUCGCAAGUAUAAGGAAGGCCGCACAAUCAUUUUGACGACGCAUUUCUUGGAAGAGGCUGACCUGCUUGGCGAUCGUAUCGCGAUCAUGGCGAAAGGCAAGUUGCGUGCAUGUGGUUCUUCUCUCUUUCUGAAGAACAACUUCGGAGUGGGCUACAAUCUGACUAUCGAGAAGAAAGCUGCGGCAGAUGCGACGCGCAUUCAACGGUACGUGCAAAACAAGGUGCAAGACGCGAAGGUGUUGAGCUGUGUAGGUGCAGAGAUCUCUUUUCAGUUGCCUCGAAACAGUGCGGAAGACUUCAAGGCGCUGUUUGAAGGCUUGGACAAUCAUCAGGAGGCUUUAGGUUUGGAGCACUAUGGUGUCUCAGUAACGACGCUGGAGGAGGUGUUCAUCCGUGUGACGCGAGGGGAUGAGAUCGACGUGGAAGCCAAGGCUGCAAUCUCCGUGCGCCGCAACAGUUUGGAAGAACGUCGGAGAAGCUUGGAAGA